AUGGCGGCGGCUGGAGUGGGCCGUCUGAGGCGGGCGGCCUCGGCCGUGUUGCUCCGGGCCCCGCGCCUGCCCGCCCGGGAGCUGUCAGCUCCCGCUCGGCUCUAUCACAAGAAGGUGGUUGAUCAUUAUGAAAAUCCCCGGAACGUGGGGUCCCUUGACAAGACAUCUAAAAAUGUUGGGACUGGAUUGGUGGGGGCUCCAGCGUGUGGCGAUGUCAUGAAAUUACAGAUUCAAGUGGAUGAAAAGGGGAAGAUCGUGGACGCCAGGUUUAAAACAUUUGGCUGUGGUUCUGCCAUUGCCUCCAGCUCGUUAGCCACCGAAUGGGUGAAGGGGAAGACGGUGGCGGAAGCCUUGACCAUCAAAAACACAGACAUCGCCAAGGAGCGAUGCCUGCCGCCCGUGAAGCUGCACUGCUCCAUGCUAGCUGAAGACGCCAUCAAGGCCGCCCUGGCUGAUUACAAACUGAAGCAAGAACCCAAAACAGGAGAGGCUGAGAAGAAGUGA